GCUUUGAGCAAGUUUGCCGACCCACAGGCUUGGACUCUGGGCAAUAUAGAGACCAGCCCUAGCCUCCGCCUAGGCCCGUCAGCGUCCUCAAAAGGGAACCGGGCUGCUCCAGAAGCAGGUCAGCGGAGGCAGCUACCAACCACCAAGCCCUUGUCUCGGACGGAAAAAGGCGUGGGGGAAGGACUUACAUACCCUCCGCGUAUAGGAGCAGCCGGAAGUGAUAGCCGGCACUUGCAGCAUUACUACCCUCCCGACGGGUCCAACACUCCCGCCAGACAGGGGCUCCCAUAUAUAAGGAAAGGCGAGUCGCUUUGUGGCUGCUCGGCCUCGAGACACGCCCGUCCACUCACUCUUGGACGACAGCUGCCGCGUGCCGUUCCUCAACGACAGCCGCAGAGCCGCAAGUCCACGACCGACGGUCCGCUGCCGCGGUGGGCACUCGCUCAACACAACGCACAACAUAGCCAUGGCAACGCCACUAGCCGCCAGGCACAUCCAAGACUUCUCAAAUGCAUCCAGCGUGGAGCCUCACUGGGGCUACGCCGACCGGGUAGUGCCAUGCGUCAAUGACAAGGGCAGCUGCGAGUACCUCGACCUCGUGUACGGCGGCCACGACCUCGGCAUGCUGUACAUGGGCAUCAUGUGGCUCACCAUCCUCGGCGUCCUGGCUGCCUGGGCCGUUGCCCGCCGCACCUUCCCCUCGGUAGCCGCUAACGACAGCACUAGGGCCGACGGCGAAACACAGACGGCAGGCUCCCGCCGCGAGUCGGCCAUCGUGAGGGCCCGCAACGCCGUCGCGUCCGCCUCCCGCCGCAGCCUGCUGCCCGAGUCGGCUCGCUUCAUAUUCGGCCACACGACGCGCCUGCAGAUCACCACCCUCGCCGUCAUCAUCGCCUAUCUGACCGUCAUCACCUUUAUCGGCCUCGAGUACCGCAUGUGGCUCACGCCCGUCGCAUCCGUUCCCGGCUUGUACCAGACGCGUUCGUCGCUGGGGCCGUGGUCCGACCGCAUCGGCGUGGUCGCGUACGCGCUCACGCCCCUAUCCGUCCUACUAGCCAGCCGCGAGUCGCUGCUGUCGGUCCUGACCGGCGUCCCGUACCAGUCCUUCGUGUUCCUGCACCGCUGGCUCGGCUACGUCAUCCUCCUGCAGUCGGUCCUGCACACCAUCGGCUGGGUCGUCAUCGAGGCCCGUCUGUACCAGCCGCAGCCCAAGGUUUGGGACAACUUCGUCGUGCAGCCCUACAUCAUCUGGGGCUUCGUGGCCAUGGUGCUGCUCACCAUCCUGUUCCUGCUGUCGACCAAGUGGGCCAUCCGCGCCUUCGGGUACGAGUUCUUCCGCAAGGCCCACUACGUGCUGGCCAUGGUGUACAUCGGCGCGUGCUACGCCCACUGGGCGGCCCUGCAGUGCUUCUUGGUGCCGGGCCUCGUCAGCUGGUUCGUCGACCGCGGGGCGCGCCUGGUUCGGUCUGCCCUCCUGCACUACAACUACCUCCCCGACGGGUCCGUCGGCUUCGCCUCGGCCUCGGCCACGGUGCAGCGCUUCGAGGACGCCGAGGGCGGCGACGUGAUCCGCCUCGACUUUGUGCACCCCCAGCGGCCCUGGGCUGUCGGCAAGCACUUCUUCCUCUGCUUCCCCGAGCUCAGCAUCUGGCAGUCCCACCCCAUGACGCCCCUGUCGGUGCCCGCGACGUCCGGCCCCACGCCCGACGGUGGCAGGACGAACCCUGCCGUCGGAUCCCUCCACUCCUAUGUGGUCCGCGCCAAGGCUGGCGAGACGCGCAAGCUGGCCGAGCUGUGCGUCAAGAAGCUCGCUGGCGACGCCAAGGAUGAGAAGGGCAAGCCUCUGGACCCCAAGGUUUCCGUUGUCCUGACGGGCCCGUACGGACAGGCCAUCACUGGCGACAGCCUCACUCCCGAGACUAACAUCCUCUGCGUGGCCGGCGGCACGGGCAUCACUUUUGUCCUCCCUGUACUUCUUGAGCUGGCGCGCAGCCGACCGGCGGCGUCCGGUCGCAAGGUCGAGCUGCUGUGGGCGAUACGGCACGAGCGCGACAUGGAGUGGGUGCGGCCCGAGCUGGACGAGCUGCUGGCGGCGGCCCAGUCGCACGGCGUGCACGUCGACGUGUUCCUGACGCGCGACCCCAAGGCGCGCACCAAGGUCGCCGUCGCCUCCGGGUCCAAGGAGGACGCGCUCGCGGGGUCGUCCCCGUCGUCGGCGUCGGUCUCGUCGGGCGAGGAGGUGAACGAGGUCGGCGAGCUGGCGGUGCACCGACCGGCAACUGUCGAGGUUCCGGCGGCGCGCAGGCCCGACGUGGCGGCGGCAGUGGAGCGGUUCGUGGCGGGCACGGCGAGGGGGCCGACGGCCGUGUUUGCCAGCGGUCCUCUGAGCAUGGUGGGCGAGCUCAGGGCGGCCGUGGCGCGGGCCAACGACGGCGCCAAGGUCUGGCGCGGCGAUGGGCGCUUUGACGUCAGGCUUGUGAGCGACGAUCGGGUCGAGUGGUAGAGGAGGACUCUGGUAGAGGAAGGUCUUGUUGUUUGCAUUUUUAGAUACCAC